CUAUUUAAAACUAAAUUAGCCCACUUACACAGCCUUGGCAACCUAAAAUUUGGAAACAACAAUGGCGGGAAUCCUCUUUGCCACAUGCUUAAUGCUGGCUGCUGCAGUGGCCAGUGGUGCUCAUGGAUCACCCACUCCAGCUCCAUCAUCAAAACCGACAGAUUGCUCCAUGAUCAUUUACAACAUGGCGAAUUGUAUGCCAUUUUUGAGUAAAGCGGGCAAGGAUAUGAAGCCGGACUCUUCUUGUUGCACUGGAUUUAAAUCGGUGCUGAAGGUGAAUGCUGAGUGCAUUUGUGAAGCGUUGAAGAGCAGUGCUUCUUUGGGCCUUGAUUUGAAUAUGACUAAGGCCGUCACUCUGCCUUCGGACUGUGGGGUGUCCGCUACAGCUCCCCCUAUUAGUAAAUGUGGCAUUCCUUCCCCUCCUGGUGAAGCUCCCGUCAAACCUCCAUCACCAACAAAGAAGAGGACUCCACCACCAGCACCAUCAAAGAAGACUCCACCACCAGCGCCUUCAGAGCCCUCACCCCAAGCUCCAGCACCGGCGCCGUCAGCACACAGUGGAAGUUCUAGGACUUGUGGUUCCUUCAAAGUUAUUAUCUUGAGUGUGGUUUUGGGCUUCUUGAUCUUCCGCAUUGCCUGAGUUCUGGUGCUUAUUUUGCUCUUUGUGUUUAAGAGAAGUAAAUUUAGCUAGCUCCCUUAGACAUAGACAUCCACAAAAAUAAUAAUAAACGCCUUUAUUAUGAAUGUGCUUAGUUUUUAUUUAUGCCCACCUUCCUUCAUUAUUAUAAAGGGUGGCAGCUGUCUAGUCUACUUCAUUUAUUUAUUGGAGGAGUCGUGGAGAAAUGUGGAGAGUUGAAAGGGAAUGGUAUGGAGAACAACAUUUUAUAUAUUGCACAUAUCAAAUCAUAUGAUAUAAAUAAUGAAUAAUGUUAA